UACAGUGCGAACGAAUUUGGGGUGUUGCCGUCCUGAAAAACAUUCGGCUUAGUUCCAUUUCCCAGACAUUUUCGCCGGAAAUUGCUACAGUUUUCCAAAAUCCCUAGCAAGCCGAUCAAACUGACCAUGGAGCCGACCGAGGACAACCUACAGAUGCUCGUCAACAUGGGCUUUUCCGAUCUAACCGAAAUCAAGCGGGCGCUGACGCUGAGCAAGAACGACGUCAACGAGGCCGUGGCGAUCCUUACCAACGAGCAGCCGGGCCUGUCCUACGACACCGUGGACGAAGUGGUGGAGAUGAUGGAGGAUGUGGGCGGGUCGGGCUCGUCGUCGGGGAAGUCCAAAGGAGAGAGGUCGGAGCCCAGGCAUCACUCGGAUCCAGCGCCUCCAAGCUAUGAUGAAGCUGUUGAACCUGAAGAAGAGGCUAAGCUCAGCGCCAGGCCUGACCAAGAUGCGGGAGACGAGGACGAUCCGGAGGUGUCCAAGGAGUUCCCUGCCACCAACCUGUAUGAGUUGGAGGGGCGCGUCUUCACCGACCAGUGGUCCAUACCCUACAAGAAGGAGGAGUCGCUGGGAAAGUGCCUGAUUGCCUCCACCAGGUUCGCCAAGGAAAACCUGAUCGAGUCAGAUGAGAACUGCAAGCGGUUUGUCAGCCGCUGCAUGCCAGAGGCCAUCAAGAAGCUGAUGGUGUCCAACGCCGUGCACCGCUGGGGGGCGGAGAUCCAGGAGGGCAUCUACAACAUGCUGCAGCUGACCGUGGACCUGGUCGCCGCCAGGCUCAAGCACAAGCCGGUGCCCGUCGACUUGCUCGGUGUGCUCACCAUGGUACUGAACCCAGAAACAGAGUUUCACUACAAGAACCGCUCCAAACACUGGGACAAGUUGUUCUGGGAGGACAAGUUUGGGAUGAACAACACCUUUGCCGUCAGUCCGCCGUUCAGCUCCUACAAGGACCCCUGCGGGUGGCUGGUCAACCUCAUCAAUAGGUUUGGAGAAAAAGGCGGCUUCGAAGAACUCAAGACCAGAGCCUUGGAACCAUGCGAAGAACUGGACCCAACAAUCAUGGCAGCCCUCUUGCAGCCCCUAGGGGUAGCCUCCGAGUACCUCAACACCCUGCGGGUGGCUCCCUUCCUGGGCCCCGUGUCCAAGCGCACCCUGAAGUAUGUCAGGGAGCUGGCAGACAGCGACUUGAAACAGAAAAAAGCCGGCAGCAUCUCUGACCUGCUGUCCACCAUGAAGCUACUCUGCAUGAACUUCUGGGCGGAGGACGUCAGCGAGGUGGACACCCUGAGACUGGACGUAGCCCUGAGGAUGCUGAAGUCACCCCACUUCAAUGCCAAGAUGAACAGCCUCAAAGAGAUUGCUAAAUUGAUUGAAGACUCCUCCACAAGGAACCAUCGUACUGCCAUUCAGGAAGAGGUCGUCCUGAAUUGGCUGGUGGACAAGAAGGUCUUGUCCAUAGCACUCGACGGCAACAUCGACAAGUCGCAGUACUGCGACCGGCUGAAGGGCAUCGUGGUGUUCCUGGGCACCAAACUGUCUCAAGAGGAGUUGACCGGAAUAUGGAACAUGCAGAAUGACCAGCCACUGACCGUGGUGGAGAACAUCCACUCCAUCAUGUCUGCUGCAGCCGUCAAGUUCAACACCGAGCAACUGGAACAUUUGUUCUACCUGAUACAGAAGGCCUGGACUACCGAGAACGACCGCAUCCAGGAGAAGCUGCUGAGCCUGAUUGGCCGGAUCGGCCGCGAGGUGCGCAACGCCAAGACCACCUGCAAGGUCCUGGAGCUGCUCUGGGAUCUGGCCCACCUGCCGGCCAUCUCCACCCCCCACCUGCAGCAUGCCCUAGAGGAGCAGCUGGCCAUCCUGUGCGACUCCAUCACCGUCAACAUGACGGUCAAGCAGAAGUACAUCAGCAGGUGCGUCGGCGACAUCAAGAAGGGUUCGUUGGUCGUACCAGCAUUGAGACAGCUGCACUCUAUCACCAGAGCUAUCACCAAACAGAGCUACACAAAAGACAAGGGUUUGCCUCAAGAGCUUAACAAGAACUAUGACAUUAUCAAGCUGACCACUCAGAGCCUCUUGAAAUAUCACAAGAUGGCCGUCACCGCACUGGAAGGCAAGCCGCUGGGGCCCCAGGUGUCAAUCGACGGCCGCUACACGCAUGAAGAGUACGUCGAUGUCCACCUGCGAUUCCUGGCUUUCAUUCUCCAAGAGGGGGCGCUCUACCUCCACUGGCACCGUUCCAGGGAGAUAUGGGACUGUCUUGUGGCCAACCCGGACGCCUGUGAAUUAGACCAGGAGACGUGUUUUGAGUGGUUCCGUGUCGGCCUAACCGACCUGGAGCAGGACACCCAGAUGCAGCUGUUCAAGGAGAAGCUGCUGAAGCUGGACCCUACCACUCUUUCCCCGACGGGCUUCGAGUGCGUCAAGACCUACUUUGAGACUGUCAACAUCAACAGCGAUGCCCUGAAGAAGAUGGCCACGGGUCUGGUGGUUGAAAAGUUGGACCUGUACGGCUUGGACUUCAUGUGGCAGAUUGCCCUGGAGACGCCAUGCGAGGAGAUCGCCGAUCAGGCCAUUAAGCAGCUAAUGAAAAUGUGCUACACCAACCUGUCACGCAAGCUCAAGAAGGAUCCUGUGGCUCUGCACAAGAGCUUCAUAGCUCAAUGCUACCAGCGGCUGGAGCAGGCAACUAUCACGAUAGGAGGCACGGCCGUGGCCUUUGCCAUAUCCCAGGCGACCAAGACGCUGACCGCCGCCACCGUGCCGGGGGUCGCCGCCAUACCCAGCCCAUUGAGAGAGCAAUCAUCAUGUCAUCUAAUGCCGAGUUAUCCAAGGGCGGCCAAGUUGUUGGUGAUCGAGCGACUGCUCAAGCUGGCGGAGACCUACAUCACCACGGUGGAGGACCAACACCUGGCACCCCGCACCAUCCUGCCCCACGGCGCUUCCUACCAGGGACAGCCCAUCACCAUGCAGGUUGUCUGCGACUCACCCAAGUAUGACUUCAUCCUCGUGGGCCACGGGAAUGAGACGUUGCAAAGUGUCCGGCAGCGGAUAGCCCAGCGGAUGCGGACGACCAUCGACAACAUCCAGAUUGCUGCGAACGAGAGGAUGCUGAUGUCCAACAAGUACCCGAAGCUCCUGAGGCAAUUAGAGUUUGAAGACCAACAAUUGUUAACCGUCAAGCAGUUUGGAACAUCUGUCUCAAGAAUUGAUGAGAGCAUCCCGUUCACUGGCAGACAGAACUACAUCACCGAUCUGGAGAGGUCGUUGCCGGGUGUUGUCAUGGCAACAGGAGGUCAAGUCUUUGAGAUGCUGUACCAGCUUGCGGAGCUGGAAGGAUCCAGGUUGACAGAGAGAGUGCGGAAUUUGCUGAUGCUUAUCCCAACCGAUCCCACAGUCCAGGAAGCACUCGAUUCUAUCUGUAGGCAGACAGAAGGGACCUCUGUAGAUUGGGGCGACAGUCUCAACUCCCCGAAGGAGACCUCCAAAGCCACCCUGGAAUCCCUCUUUAAAACCAACUCUCAGAGCAUGUCGGCGUUCAGGCUACUGUAUAACCUUGAGGUCCUGAGCAGUCGCCUGGUGCCCUCCCUCCAAGAGGAUAAGGCCACGCAGGCCAGCGCCCAGACCUUCCGGGAGAACUUUCUCAGUGCUGGCGGGCUGAGCCUUGUGAUCAGCGUGCUGCAGAAGGAGUCCAUUCCCCAGGACCUGGACGAAGAGACGCGGAGGGGUUGCUACAUGAUCUGCCUGCACCUGGCCAGGUUUCUCCUUUGUGGUGAGACCACUACGGCUGAAAUGGAGAGUGACCUGUCGCUGACCGAGGGCCAGGCAAACCUCUCAGCCGACAGUGCCACGGGGGCCCUGUCUUCCAGUUAUGGAACCUCGCCGCGCAAGAUGAGCCUGGUGGAGCGGAUGUCCAGUGUGGAGGCCAGCGGGGAUGUCGCCAACCGAGAGGGGACUUCCAAGGCCAUUGCCGUCAUACAGACGAUGAGCACGUCAGACUUUUCGUCCAUGAUUGGCUGCCUGAUGCGAGUCUGCUGGGCGGCAGCCGCCGGCCAACUCCGCCUCGCCAGCUCCGCCCACCAGAUCAAGGAGAACCCUGGGGGUGGGUUUGCCAUGGGCGUCAACAGGCGGAGCCGUCACAGUAGCACAGGGAGUUCGUCCAGCGAUGCCGACGUUCAGAGCCUCCACGCCGGGGUCUGUCUGUUAGCGACCCACGUCUCCACCAAGGAUGCCAUGAUAGCGCGGGAGGCCCUGGAGCUGCUGGUGGCCUGCCUGCAACUCAGGAGCCACAACCUUUCGUCUUUCUACCACAUGCCGGCCAUGAGCGACUUUGUCAUCGACAUCCUCCUGGCCUGCCCCCACAGCGAGGUGCGCACAGCCGCCAUGGAGCAGUUCCACACGCUCAGCGAGACCGGGGUUAACCCGGAGAGUAUACGCACGCUCCACCCCAGGCACUUCCUGCUACAGGUUUUACUGAGCGUACCCGUGCCACUCUGGACGUCGAGCUGUCUCGUCAGGGGAACAAACCAAAGGAUAAUUAUGCAAUGUUCACAGUACUUUGAGCUGAGGUGUCGACUUCUAGAACAAUUAACAGUUGAUGACCAGCGCUUUCUGGACAUCAACCCUACGUCCAUGAUCACAGACGAGAUUGACUGGCUCAACAACUUUGAGCCCUGCGACUCGGAGGAGUCCAGCUUCCUGCAGACGGACAACAUCAUCAUCGCCGGCCACCUGCAGCUGGCCAAGACGUUGCUGACGUGCGAAGGGGUGGACAAGAAGAAAAUCGGGAAGCAGCUGCUGGACAAGCUGUUGAAUGAGUUCCUGUUCCCUGCAUCCAGGCUAAUCCUUGAUAGUUCCAGCAAUCCCGACAAGCUGAACCCUCAAGCGGAGCAUAGUCCCAAGAUCUCGGGAAGAGAAAGUCGCGUGGCGGCCUUCGACCUCUUGCUCGUGCUGUGCGAGGACUGUCCGGAGAAUCUCCAGCUGGUCAGCUGCCAGCUCAUCGCCAUGCACCACCAGCAGGAUCCAGCCAUCGCCAAAGAGUGGGACUACCUUCCUCCUGUCGAGGGUCGAUCACCCAGCAACUACGUGGGUCUGAAGAACGGUGGGGCGACGUGUUACAUGAACUCCGUUAUACAGCAGCUGUACAUGACACCAGGCGUCAGAGAGGGCCUGCUCAAGGACAGCAACCUGGACCUGGAGGAGGACAGCGUGUUCUACCAGAUGCAGAUGGUCUUCGGCCACCUGCUGGAGAGCCGGCUACAGUACUAUGAGCCGGAGCGGUUCUGGCGCGUCUUCAAGCUCUGGGGCCAGCCAGUCAACAUCCGGGAGCAGCAGGACGCCUUCGAGUUCUUCACCAACCUGACGGACCAGAUGGAGGAGUACCUCAAGAAGAACAAACAGAAGGAGAUCUUCAAGCCGAAAUUCAAAGGGGUCUUCUCAGACCAGAAGAUAUGCGAGGACUGCCCACACAGGUACGAGAGAGAGGAGGAGUUCUUUGCUCUGAAUUUAACUGUCAAGAGUCACAGCCUGGAGUCCUCGCUAGACCAGUUUGUCCGAGGCGAGCUGCUCGACGGAGACAACGCUUACUUCUGUGAAAAGUGCAAUGAAAAGAGGAAUACCAUCAAGAGAAUGUGCAUUAAGACACUGCCCCCGGUGCUGGUCAUCCAACUCAAGAGAUUCGACUAUGACUGGGAGGCUGGGAGGGCCCUGAAAUUUGACGACUACUUCAAGUUUCCCUGGGUAUUGGACAUGGAGCCAUACACCGUCAAGGGCAUGGCCAGGCGGGAGAGUCCGCAAUCAGAUGAGGCAUCUUCGGGAGAGAUGCCGGACAACAGCCAGCCGCAUACGAUGGAAGACCUGUACCAUCUGGUGGGAGUGAUCGUCCACAGCGGGCAGGCCAAUGCGGGACAUUACUAUUCCUUCAUUAAAGACCGGUGGGGCACGACCAUGACCAACAGCAACAAGGGGAAGUGGUUCAAGUUUAACGACACCAUGGUGGACGAGUUUGAGAUGUCGGACGCUGCGCUGGAGGCCGAGUGCUUCGGCGGCAGCUACAAGCCCAAGAUCUAUGAGCCCAGCGGCAGCUCUUACUCGUCUGAGACCAGACUGCGUUACUGGAACGGUUACAUGCUGUUCUACGAACGACUGGAAGGAGCGGUCACGCCCGUGGGACCGGCCGGUAAGGUCCUGGCCGGCACCAACCGAGUGACGUUGCUCAAGCAGGAUAGCGAGGGCGAGAUUCACGUCUUGGAUCCCAUCAGCUCCCCCGAGCUGUCCCCGCGCCAUGACGGGGACCGACUGAGCGAGCUCACGGCGCUGGUGCGCAAGGGGGAGCACCGAGGGAUGUUCAUGGACCGCAUGCCGCCGGGCAUCCAGCGUGUCAUCCGUGAUGAUAACCUCCAGUUCCUUCGCAACCGCGCCAUCUACGACAUGGACUACUUCAACUUUGUGCGGAACCUUGCCUCAUGCAACAUGGCUUUCACGCUGAGCAGCCAUUACGACUCCUGUGCCGUCACUAGCCUCCAACUAGCCUUCCAGUUCCUCUUCAACAACUACUUCCGAACCAAAAAGAAGCUCAGGUGCGAUGUCAAUGACUGGUGCAACUGCGUAGACCAGCUUGUUGCCAACAGCAGAGAGGGGUCCUCGUGGGCUCUGACCUUCAUGGCCAGCCCUCAAGGGCAUACUUACAUCAAGCAAUUUCUGCUUGAGAGCCCAACCCGCGAGGUGCGCAUAGCCUUCGCCCGCAUCAUGCAGUACGUCCUCCAGGGCUUUGUCCACUGCAACCGGGCCGCCGUGUCCGGCUCCCCACCUCUCAACAGCCUGGUGGAGUACCUGCUCUCGCUGCUGGACAAGGAGGUGCCCGACCACUGCAAGACGUGCCAACAGUAUUUCUGGUUGCUCAGCUCCUACCUUGACACUCAUAUCGAGUGCUGCAAGCAGCUUUUCAGCAAAUCCGCUUUUCGCCGGAUCGUGACGUUCCUCCUUGGCCCCCACACGCCUGAGAACGAAGAGGAUGUUCAGACGCGGCGUUGGACCUCACUGCAGACCCACGAGUUCACGUACCUCCACACCAUGCUGGCGGUCAUGGUGCUGUACUGCGACGUCUCCAAGUUCAGAACGAUCGAUCAAGGUGAUUUUCCGCCCAGGCAACGGACGUUGAUAAUCCCCACCAGCAAACCGCUAGCCAUGCCCAGCGACAUGCAGCAGAUCCUGGCUGGCACCGAGGGCAUCAAGUACAUCCGAGAGGUCAUAUUGAUGUUCCGCGAGGUACCCGCUGCAACCACAGCGCUCCUGGACAUGCUGCUGCAUUGCUGCUACUGCAACGAAACCUUCACGCUGUCCGUCAUGAUGAUGAUCCACGGUCAGGUGUCUGCGGCGCCCACCAAUGAGCUGAAGCACAUCUUGAUCCUCUUGCUGGAGCUGUUGAUGAUGGAGGACCCCCUGCAGGGCAAACGCCUCAAGCUGGCCGUGGAGGGCCACAGCAACAACGGCCUCUUGGAGAUCAUCCGUAAGUGCACGUCCACCGACAGCCGUCGGUCCUACCAGUGCAUUAAGUUCCUGGUCCACCUGUCCAACAAGUGUCCAAUGGCCAAGGAAUAUCUGAUGACCAUCUCCGUCCGCUGGCAGUGGGCAGUCAACUGGCUCAAGAAGAAGAUGAGCGAGCACUACUGGACACCACAGAACGUCUCCAACGAGUCCAGCACGGGCCGGUCCUUCCAACGCACCAUGAGCGCCCAGGACACGCUGGCCGAAGCCACCGCCCUCCUGGACGAGCUCAACACGCGGGACGACGAGGAGGCGGAAGAGGAGGAGGAGUUCGUCGAGGGCGACUCCAACACCAAGAUGGAGGUCAACGGGUCGUCGGAGGGGUCGGAGGUCAACGGAAACGAAGACAGUUCUGAGUCCUCUAAGACCCUGGUUCAGGACGAUGUGGGUGAUCUGGAUGAUAUCGAUACAUAGCAGUUGUCCAUUGAAGAAUGAGGAGACAGAAGGUUGUCACAGAGGCCAGCACAGCGGUCAGAGGUCAUCACAAGGAUUAGAGGUCAUCACAGAGGUCAUUUCAGAAGAAACCAGGCCACUUCCAAGUUUUUAAGGCAUCUUUGAUCGAUGUAGUACAUUGCAAAAGCAUCGCUGGCAUUAAGCCUAGCACUGAAGAGGUCCAAGGUCGACGCCUCCAAGGCUGUGAUUGUGAUGAAGAAUUUAGCCAGACUUGGAGUUACUCAAGAUGUGUAACAAAGUGUUGAGAGCACCCUCUGCCGCCAACAUGGCAUUUUCACAGUGAACCGGUAAUUAUCGCCAUCCAAACAGACAGCCCCAGAGAUGCGAUUGCAGUACUGGGUAAGCCAAGGGUAAGCACAUCAGUUUUAUUCAGAUGAAGUACUGUACCUUAACCACAGUCAGAAAGCCUGUCACCGGUACCCAGCAGAAUUAAUCUCUCCAUUAACCAGAAAGCGCACUUUGUGUGUUGCCCGGACAUUUCUUUUUUUUUCUAGCCAGUUUGGACGCGGAAGUGGACUUUAUUUUUAUUCAAAUGUAGGUUGUAGUGUGUAGAAGCAAUAAUUGUAUGAGGACUGACAGAAUACCGUACAGUUGUACAUCCAUAUUUUACUGUUAAGAGAGAACGUCACAGAACAAUAAACUUUAAUUAAUUUUAAAUGAUCACCGUGUUCAAGGGUUGGGUUUUGAUAUUUUCAAAUUUGUAAUUACUCUCAAUGUGAUUUUUCCUGUCCACCUUCAGUUUUGAAAUGUGUGCCCAAUGCCUUUGAUCCGAUUUCAUUUCACUCUUUUUUUCUACUUGUCUCAUAAAAAUGUCAACAAAAAUGACAGUACGUAAUUCAAGGCAGGGAUCUGAAAAUGCGAUGCCUUUGCACAGAAAUACCGGUAAAGCUUGCACUUCAGAUAUUGUCCAAGGUGUAGGGGAUAAGAUGACUCCUCGAUGAACAUCUAACGUCUCUUGUGAUUGGACGAAAACCACAAGGAAGAAAAUCUGCAGAAGUGUCAUCUGUAAAUACUAAACUGUGAAUGAAAAUGCAACAAAACGGGUUGGUAUUUUAGAUUCUUCACAAAGCUGGAAUACUUUGAGAAAAAAAAAAGAUAAACUUGUCAACAUAGACACUGCCAAUGUUGUAGUCAAGCACUUGUCGAGUACCAAAGUUUUCUGCCAAAUAUUGAACUGGGUAAGAGGGAAUGAAGCUGGAGUACAUUAAUAUUUGAUGGUAAAUAUGCAAAGGUAAGAUUACAAACUAGACAUAAGACUUAAGACACUCCCAGUGUUGUAAAAUUUAAGUUUUAAAGAGAAAAGUACUCAGAAAGAGCUUGGCCGAGUACUUUUCGAGUACUUUUGUCCUAAAAGCUUAGUUUUUAUUAAACUGUGAUAAUCUGAAAUCAUCAUUUUACUUUGUAAUCUUACCUGUGUGCAUGUACCAUCAAAUAUAUCCAUGUACUUUAGCUUUGGUCCCUCCUAUAAACUAGUUAAAUAUUUGGCAGAAAACUUGGUACUGGAAAAGUACUCAACACUGCCACAGUCUAAAAAAUUGACAACUUGAGAAAAAUAUUAAUGUACAUUUCUACAUUUGGACAAGUCUAGUUUAUUACGACAAAACAUCUAGUUUCUGUACUGAAAUAAGAUACGUGUACAACGAUUUGAACAUAUAGGACUGCUUUCAACUAGAGGUGUUAUUGUAUUGAUUUUAUCAACCUUUGACAUUGGUGUUCCAUGAGAACCAAUCAGAUGACAGAGAAUUAUAUGAAUAAUUCAUUAUAUACAAAAGCACCCAAUCUCUUAGGACUAGCUGGUACCCUUUCAUCCAGUAGCUGCUGGUUUUACCAUUGCAAUAUUUAAUUAUGCAGGUUCAUCAGCUUCCAUGUACAUGUACAGUAGAUUGGAGAUUGUGUAGAUAACAUGUACCGAGGGAGACGUUAUUUUAAUAUAUUGAAAAAUGCAGAUUUUUUUUCCAGUAGUGUGACAUCAGUUUCAUGUUGAUUUUUCAUUUUGUCUGGAAAGCUCAAAUCGUGAACAAUUAAAGUGUCCAGUAUUUCCUUCAAGUUUCAUGAUGCAUAUGUUACUGUAUAUGUCACACUUACCAUGUCCAUGUAAAUAUAUCAUUCAUAAAGCUUCAGAUUAUGACAUUUCAAAUGCUAGUAUUUGAUUUUAAAAAUACAUGUACACUCAAAGCCAAGAGAUCACAGGUUAUUUUACUUUCCCCCGUGUUGUGUCCAGGGCUCCUUUUUUGAAGAUUAUUAUUAAAAAAAAAGAGAGAUAACAGAGAGAGACAAAAUUUGCUUUGCAAGUUGUCAUUGCCAAAUAAAUUCAGCUGGGAACCAGCUGCAGGCAAUACAUAUGACGCAUUAGUUGGUGACCUGUUGUUUCCAAGCAACCCCCUCGAGCCUUUCAAAUAGUGAAAAUAUUGGACUUUGUGAAAAUGGUUUUCAAAUUUGACAUUUUGGUUUGUAUCACGUCCAUUUUUCUAAACCCAAUCUUUAUCAUUUCGUAUUUUAAAAUUUGACGAUUGAAGAACAAGAACAGGAAACCUUGGAAGAGGUUUAUCACAGCUUUUGAAAUCAAGCGAGUAUGAAAAUGUACACUGUGAAUUUGUUUGGAGAGAUGUCAUCAAGUUAUUUUGUUACCGGCACAGCUAUAAUAGACAAACAUUCAUCAAGAUUUGCAGAGGCUGGGUGUCCUCAAGACCUUGGAGGUCAUUUCUGCAAACUUGAUUUCAGGCUAAUCUUUUUUUUUUACUUAGUUUCUGUGAAGAUCCGAGUACGGCCUGAACUGCACCGUUCAGUUUUCCAGCUGUUACAAUUUUUUUUUCCAGGGAAGGUCUGCUCGACCUCUUAAAUUUAUUAAACAAUAUCUGUAACAUUAAUUAUUCUGGGCAUGUACAUAAGUUUUGUACUUUUGAUCAAACUCUAAUCUGUUUUUUGUUUAUGUGGAGAGGUGGUUUUUUUGUGUUUUUAUAUGCCCAAUUUUGAAGGAGUCUGAAUUUUCAAAUUUUAUUGAGGUUGUCGAAUAUGGUGCUUGUAGCAUAACUUGUAAAGUUCCAUUUUUUUUGUUCAUACAAUUUUUUUGUUCAAUCAGCUUGCUUAUUUAAACUUAUGCAUGUUCGGAAGGUUUUAAUGGUUCUCGUUAUAUCAAUAAAGUUUUGAGCUUCUCUGUUGAUCCUUACAUGAAAAAAACUUUAUGCUGUGGAAGCUUUGGUUGUUUUAGUGAAAACAUUACUUGUGUUUCUGUACUCGGUGAAAUGAUCUCUCAAAAGCAGAGUUCUUUUAUACCAGACUUACCCUUUUAAAUGUUGUGUCCCUGUGUUUAUGGAAAAUUUGCGUGCCAAGUUCCCCUUAAAACAAAAUUGAUAUUAAUGGUUUUUUCUCCUGUAAACUAGAGAAAUAUUUUUACACAGUACACAGGAAAAAGUUUGCCUUACUCCAAACUACUGUAUGCACAUAGGCGGAAUUUCUUUUUAAGAAUACAGAAACAAUGGAAUUGUAAUAAUUUGUGGUGUGAAAAGAAAUGUAGUUUAAUGAUAAAGAAAUAUGCAUAAAUUUGCAUACAUUUGUAAAUAUACCUUAGUACUGUUUGGUACAAUGCAAGACAUGGUUUCACUCGGAUUACGAAUAGAUUUAGCGACCUGUUUUGUCCAUAGUAAGAAAAUACAUGUAUAUGAGUGUUGGUUCCAAUCCGGAUUGAACCGGUUCAAGGCAGAUUCAACCGGUUCAAACUGGCUGUAGUUGAAGAAUGUGCAUAUGGUUUAGUUUCAUGGGAAGGUUUCUUAUGAGGUAACACUAAAGGCUCAUGUUAGUCAUUCUUGUACAUGUGUAUAUGUAUAUUUUAAUUAUUGAUCCAAAAAAUGCCUAAUACAUUUCCAAUUUUGUUCAAUCGCUUCACAGAAUCUAAACUUGCACAUUUGCCAAAUGAAAAACAGAGUUCCUGAAACCCUUCGUAUGCACAACUUGAAAUGCAUGUAUCCAUGCUGUGAUAAAAUAAUGCAAAAGACAUACUUCGCGAGUUCACACCCAUCCAAUUGCACUGGAUUAUUGAACAACAAAAGACCCACAAUUGAAUGUCACGAAACAGGUGUAACAAUGGAAAUACAGUCCUUGAUACCCUCAUUUCCUGUCUGCAGACGUGUUCAAAAAGAAGGUGAACUGUAUCGGGCUACCAUACAAACAAAAAUGACUCUUUUCAUUUCUUUUGAGGGGAAUGCCGCGUCGUAUGGUGAAGCCAGAGGGAAACCGUUGAUUUGUUCAUUAUCUGGGCAAUCCUUUCUUCCAGGCCACAAUUAUUUGUCUACAUUGCAAGGAAUGUUUUGUCUUGUAUCUUGGUACUCGAGGUUGUGGUUAGCACAACGCUACUUCUGGUCAUUUGUCACCAUAGCGGCAGUUAACAUGUGAUAACGAUUGGAAGAAUUGUGAGAAAUGGAAACUAUGAACUUCACGAUAUAUGUACAGACACGUGCAAGUUUCGAAUAAAGUUUAACACUUUGGUCAUUUUUAA